UUUACCAAGAAGGAGCUACCGCAUCCUGCUUGCACCAUAGUUUUGGCACUACAGCUGCCAGCCGGAGAUAACAUUUGUCCCUUUCGUGCCUUUUACAUGUUUGUGCACCUGAGUGCAAGAAGUGUAAUAUUGAGACAGUACAUUGUUGGAUUUUGCCAUUGUGAGAUACUGAGAGAAUAUGGAGGAGUCCAGACCUGUCGAUUACCAAAGACUAUUCUCAGAGGAGAGCACUGUAUCAGAGUUCUCCUUCGAGGACUAUCAGACUGAUAUCUACGAGCAGCUGCCCAGUUCACAGAGAAGGUUGCAACACAAGGAUCAAGCACAAGAAGCUGAGGUUCACUGGAACCCUAAUCAACCACUGAAGAUGUUGCCCCUGUGUAUACAGGAGAAGAGGAACAUCAGGGAAAGACAAAAUGUAGAGAGGUGCAUAAUUGGUUACUGGGCAUCAUGGAAGCGGAGUCAGGAAAUUGCAAGAAGGCGACUGAGGGAGCAGGUGGGGAGAGUCGUCUCAGGACUACUGCUGUGGAAAACCACCCUCCAUAACAUUGAAGGGAGAUUUGGUGUGGGGGUGAAGGCGUACUUUGUGUGCCUUAGGUACCUGCUCUUCCUAAACUUCCUGAACCUUGCCAUCAUCGUUGGCACUGUGCUAAGUCCCACUCUGUACAGCAACAUCACAAGCACUUACACACACUGGUUCCAGAUCUUCAAGGAGAAUGGUUCACUUGUGGAUAUUUUUCUGGGCACGGGCUUCAUGGAACACUCUCCAGUUUUCUAUGGUUUCUACACAAACUACUCUUUAGGCUCAAAAUGUUUAAACACAGCUCUCCUCUUUUUCUUUGGCAUGCUCACCAUACUCCUCCUUAAUCUCACCAUGAUAGUGCGCAGGAUAGUGGUGGGUUAUAAGAACACAUGGCUGACUGGCAUUCAUUUCAAUGCAAAUAUGAGCUAUAAGGUGUUCUGUGGAUGGGAUUUCUGCAUCCGGGAGCCUGAAGCAGCCUUCCUUAAACACAACUUAAUCAGAAAUGAACUGAAGAUGGACCUUGAAGAGCAGAAGUUUCGUCAAAAAGUCUCAGGGCGUUCACUGAAGCAAUGGAUUCUCCUGUACACCCUGCGCAUUGUUCUCAACUUUGUGGUGUUAGUUCUUCUGAGCAGCUCCAUCUAUCUGAUCUACUUUGCCACCAGUGAAUCGGAAGACUCUAAGCGUUCUAAUCUCCAUUGGACUUUGAAUCUCCUGAGAGGUUAUUUUUCGCCCAUUACAAUCACCAUAGUCAAUUUUGUGAUGCCACACUUUUUUUCCGUGAUCUCAGUGUAUGAAGACUACUCCCUCACCACACAGCUUAAUGUCACCUUAGUUCGGAGUAUCUUGCUGAAGCUGGGAAGCUUAGCCGUAUACCUCUUCUUCCUCACUAGACAGAAUAAAGGCAACUGUCAUGAGACCGAGUUUGGAAAGGACAUGUAUAAGCUCACAAUACUUCACUUCCUGGCAUCUUUCUGCAAUACUUUCUUGGUGGCGUAUCCUAGAAAGGUGUUGGUGGAGAAGUGCUUAUCCUCUAAUUUGUCAAGGAGAGUGGGCAAGCAGCAGUUUGUAAUCCCAUUGAACGUGUUAGAUCUGGUGUACGGUCAGACAGUCACUUGGAUGGGAGUUUUUUAUUGUCCUCUCCUGCCAGCCAUCAACAUUUUAAAGCUACUGGCAAUCUUCUAUAUCAUCAAAUUCAAUCUGGUGCGAUGUUGCGACCCGCCAAGGAAAGUGUUCCGGACCACCAGCUCUUCAGUUCUGUUUCAUUUCAUGCUCUUACUGGGCCUCAUCAUGUCCGCCGUGACACUUGGUGUCCACAUUGAACUGUUUGUUCCCGGUACAUGUGGCCCAUUUAAUGGGCACCCGACCGUGUAUAAUGUGACCGCGGACUGUGUUAACACACUCCCAAAUGCUGCACAGGAAGGCAUACGUUACAUGACGUCUGAAGCUUUUGCAUUCACGAUCAUAUUAAUGGAGAUUAUCAUCCUGACGUCUUAUGUGUCUCGUGGACGAGCCAAUCAGAAGGCCAUAGAGAGGCUCAAGGACAUGCUUGUUAUGUGUGGCUCAGACAAACGUUACCUGGUGAAGCAUCAUGCCACAUUGCUCAGGCAGAAACAGAAGAGGACUGUCAACCACUCUGAAAAGGUGGCCUAACAGCAGUGAAUGGGUGCCUCUGUGUCGGAGUGCACAAAUCUCAUCUCAGUACUGCUUAUUCUACACCAAAUUGGGCUUUGGAGCUAAAUGCAAUCUUCAAAAACUGUCUACAAGACACACCCAAGGGAGUAAGCUGGACUCAAAGGAAGUAAAACUGAGGUUAUAAAAUAUUUUGUCAUUCAUGCUUGGGCAAAAGGUGUCAACACUUUCAAGACUCUCAUGAAUGUUUUGUAUGUUUUGGUUUCCAAAACCUGCUAUUUAUCACAGUAGUUUCAACCAUUCAAUGCUGAUAGCACUGCAAAGUUUUAAGGAAAAACAGCCAGACUCCCAAAAUGCCAGUGUAGAUCAAAUACCAUUUAGUGGUCUACAAAUGUUCUGGCUCUUCUAGUUAAACAGUGGUCAAUGGUUCUCAUACCAGAAGAGUGAUUUUUAUGUAAAUUGAUACAUAAUCAAUCAAUCCUAUUGCAAAUGUACAGUAUUCUGUAGGCCUGUUAAUCAUAUGACUUUUGCCUGUAUGCUAACCUAUGCAGCAUAAGUAUUUGAUUUCAGGUUUUUACACAAUGGUGAUUAAUAUAGCAAAAUAACAACAUUAGCUUUCCAUGUCUAAUUUUUUAAUGCAAGCUAUGAUGUUAACAUUAUCAGUGUUAGGCUUUUUUUUCUACAUUUAUUUAUUUAUGUAUAUAGUUUUAUACAGUAUAUAAAGGUUAUAAUGUAGUCUAGUAUCAAAUCUACAGUGAAUUUUCACAAGGGAUUACUAGCUUUGAAAAAAAAAAUCAUAUUUUUUUAUUGCUAAGCUGAGCCAAGGGAUCUGACUCAAUAAAAGGAGUUAGACUCCUAAAAUAUUCAAUUCAGGGAGUUUAAUUCUGCAUGCAAAAUGUGGGUGUUCUGCAGGUGAUUUACAAAGAAUAACUGCAUGAAUUGGUCACAUGCAAAGUCAGGGAAGAAGCAAUAUGUAAAUUAGUUUUUGCGUGCACUAGAGCUUCAGAUAUCAAGCUUGAACUUCUAAAGGCAGUAAGACAGGUCAAAAAACUGUUCAAAAUACAAUAUUUAUAAAUGUAUUAAUGUGUGUAGAUGUGAGUGUGCAUUAUAUUAAUAAGGCAUAUGUGAAUGAAACCCUUCUCAAUGGCUCUCUUUGGAUGCUGUCACCAUCGAAGGCGUGAAUGUGCAGUGAAUAUCAAAUACAAAAAAAUAUUUACUGCUGUAAGAGAAACUUUCUUAUUAUUAAGAAUUAGUAAAUUGUAUAAUUUUGUCUUCAACUGGUGGAAACAGGCUUCUGCAAAUGUAACACAUGCCCAUAGGUCGUAUUCAUUUGCACACAUAGUGUCUUUCAGGCUUAGUAAAGCACAUUGCGGUGGCUGAAUGAAUCAGUUUGCAUUGUGUAUAUAAGUACAUUCUUCAUAUAUUCAUUAAGCCUAUUAAUUAAGCUUCCACGUUUUUUUGAGGGAGUGUCAAUUGUGUUUUUACACAUGCCAACCUUUAACAAAUUAGAGCCUCAGUUUAUAGCUUCAAGAGAACAAAUUACACCUGCAACCCCCAUCAAAUGGCGUAAUCCCACCAUGAGCAAUUUUAGUGAAGGAUGUAAAAAAUAAACAUGCAUUGAGCUAUGUGUUGGCAGAGAGUCAUUUUGUGAUUUAGCCUAAAACUUUAGACAAAAAGGAAAUUUCUUUUUCCUUUCAAUGAGUGAAGAACUGUUUGGUGUGCAGUUUUUAUUUUUCAGAAGUGUUCUAUGUCAUACUUGAACAAUGAUGGGUCAUGUGUAAUAUUAUGCACAUUUCUUUUUUCCUUUUUUUACUUGUUUGUGAUUGUUUCUAUGGUUUUCUUAAAUAAAUUUUCUGAGCAAGAAAAAUGGGUGUGU